AUCUUAACGGAAGAAUUGGUCGUAGUAUUUAUGUUUACAAUAGCUUAACUAAAUAACUAUAUCAAUUUUUACUUUUUUUCUCAAAAAAAGUUGAAUAUUUAGUCAGUUUAUACAGAAUAUCCAAAGCAGCGUAAAAAGUGAAAUUAUCGCUUUUAAAAGUAUUUUUAGGGCUCGAUUGCGAAUCUCGUAAAAAUAAAUCGCUAUUACGCCAAAUUAUACCGGUGUAAUAAUGAACUGAUACCGAAUUUAACUUGGUCUUGUCCUUAACGUCCGUACAGUAAGUGAAAGUAGCCAGAAAGUAAGCGGUAUAAUAAGAAUUGAGACAACUUUUAAUUUAAUUUUUUAUUUUCGCACGCAGUUAGUUCGCGCUCCCCAGUCGGUGUUUAAGAAAUUUUCGGAUUUUUUUGGUUUGACAAAGCGAAAGUUUGUAAUGUUAAAUGUCAUUUUAAUAGACAGUGUGCCUACUAACUAAAUAUUUGGGUAAUAACAGAACAAAGUUUUAUUUAGUCACAUUUUUAGCUGAUUUAAAAAUAUUUUUUCUUGGUAUGUGUUAUAUUAAUGUACAUAGUCAUGUAAUGUGCACAUGUGUAAUUUGUUCUUGCCAAGACAGAUUAGGACAUUUUAGUAGACUAUAAAUGUAUGCAGCAUUGUGAUUAGGUUUGGUGUAAUUUGUUAUGUUUUAUAAGUUAAUGUAAGCUUUGUAAUGCAAAACAUGGCUCGUUUAUUUACAUAGGUAACUUAAUAACAAUUGGCAAAGUUCUUAAAAUUAAGGGUUUAUUAGUUAUUACAAAGCUGAAUGUUUGGAAUAAAUUAAUUGGUUGAAUUAUUUCGUACGCUAAAGCAUGUGGUGGAUUCGCGCAUAUUUUUAAAUAUCAAUGUUUAUUUUCCCGACAUAUUACACUGCUAUUCUGUAUAGACUGCUAACAAAAUAUCAUGGAUUGGUUUACUGAUGAUAAAACACAUUUACUAUUUAUUAUCCCAGUUCCAGAUUACAUAUGAAAUUUUUUUGCCAUAUUUGUAACUUUUUGUUACUUUGAGCAUUGUUAAGGUUUUACUUGUUAUUCGUUUUAGAUAAAUUUUGUUCCUAUGUUUCUAACAUUGUUUCAACUUAACUUAAUCCUAUAACUUAAUCUGCCAUGUGCAACUACUACAAGAUCAUUUCCACAUGUCAUAAUACUUCUACUUCACUUAAUCCCUACUAUUUGUUGCAACGCACCAGUGAUUUAUUAACAACCUUUAAUACAAAAAUUGUAUCUUUUGCUACAAACAAAAAGUAAUAAUAGAAAUGUCAGUGAAUAUGCCACCAGCAUUUCUUUCCUUUAUAUUCGCGAUUGAUGUUUGGGUUUUGACAUUUAGUAAAACAUUUUACUUAACAUUAAAACAGUAAAGCAUGCUAUGUAUUACUUUUAAAUAAUACUCCACAUCGUUGCAAUGGAAAGUUUAGGACCUAAUGUUUUAGUUUAGCUAGCUUAUGUAUACCAGGUGUACAUUAACAAAAUGGCCGUGUUCGUUAACUUUGUGGUGCUGUGCGAUAUAAUUUCUUCCAUAGUACACAGUAGUUAAUGUAAUAAUAAGCAACAUCUUUAAGGAGUUUGGUGUUUUUUGCUGAACUGUUUUUUAUGCAUGUUGUGUUUCACCAAUUGCGUUUUGUACUAGAAAUACCAGUACUAUGUUGCAAGCGGUAGAUUUUGUAAAAAACAAGCAGAUUUUUGUAAAAAAUGUAAACUGAGUGCUUUUCACAGGUUUUGUAAAUAUUUCAACUAAUAGUAUCCGAUAAAACUAUGUAAUAGACCGUAAGUUUUAAUAAUGACAAGGAUGAAUAAAUUUCACUUCUUGAAAAACGUUUUGUGAUUUCUUAACCAUGGCUGAUGGUUCACCACCUUCGAAAAGACAAAAAACCUCAGAUAUAUUUAGUCUGGAAAAUGAACUACCAGAAGAACUCCUCUGUGGUACCCCAAGUGGGUUAACAAAUGGGCCAACGGUGUCCACAGCGGCACCUCCGGUCCCCACCACCAUCAAUAAUGGCCAAACCCAACCCACACCCCCCCAACCUCUUCCCACCCAAGCAAACACCCCUUCCAUGCCCGCUCCUGCUUCCACAGCUUCAAUGCAAAACAAACAAGUCACACAGCUACUGCAGACAGGCAGGGGGUCACCCAAGUACCCAGGAGGGACCCCAUCCCCCGUAAACACAGGCACAAGUAGCCCCCGACCGUCCCGUGCCUCCCAACCACAACAAAGCCCCGCCUCUAACUCCUUAAUGUCGAUGCAAAGCCCCACAGGAGGCUCCAAUAUUAACAACAUCAAAUCACCAAUGAAUUCCUCAAUGUCCGUAUCGAUCUCACGAUCAGGCGGCAACAUGCGAACCACUCCCUCCCCUCGUGUCCAACCCACUUUAACAUCAUCCAACCCAACUAUGAUAAAUGCAAGCUUACCGACCACGGGUGUCUACAAUAGAAACACUAUAACUCCUCAACAAAUGACUCAACAAAACAAUUUGAACCAAGUUCAAAAUGCAACCAUGCAACAACAACAACAGCAACAACAAUUACAACAACAACAACAACAACAACCACAGGUGUUUAUAAAUGGUCCAAUGCGGCCUCAGAUGUGCAUGGCAACUGUACCAGGUAUGAACGUAAUGACCAGAGCUGGCCAACCACAAAAUACAAUGCAGAUGCAAACCAUGCAAGCCACUCCUGGUGUCACCAAUAACAUGCAGACGCGAAUGGCAUUUCCACGUCCCAACAACAAUCGUAUUCUUGGAAAUACCACGAUGGUUAACAGCAUGGUGCUCGGUACCCAACCCCAACAACCCAACAAUAUACCAAUGAACAGCCAAACUGUGGUGGGAUCCAACAUGCAGCCCAUGCAUAUAAUAAACUCACAUGAUGGGAUGCCCAUUCGACAAAACAUGUACCAGCAAAAGAAUAUGAACAUGGGGCAACCCCAGUUUAAUAUCAACAACAUGCAACAGAACCAAAUGACGAACGUAACCAUGCAGCAUCCACAACAAAACCCAAACCCAAUGAUGCGAACGACACAGAUGAAUCCUAUGCAGAAUGUCCAGCAAACAGGAGGAAUGGUUCAAUCAGGGAUGCAGCAAGUUCCACCUGCAGGUAACCGCAUGCAAUCAAGUGGCGGUGGGGUUGUGGACCCCGAGAAAAGGAAGUUAAUACAACAACAACUAUUCCUACUGUUACAUGCACACCGAUGCCUUAAAAAUGCAUCAACGAAUGAGCCAAGCACAUGUGCAGUACCUCACUGCCGAACGAUGAAAAACGUACUUCAGCAUAUGAAUACUUGUACCGAGGGGAAGCAAUGCCAAAUUGCGCAUUGUGCGUCCUCUCGCCAAAUCAUCUCCCAUUGGAAGCAAUGUAAACGUGAAGAUUGUUCUGUGUGUCUUCCUCUUAAACAAAACCAGUCCAACUCAAACAACCCGAACGCGAUGCACGAUGUGACGCAUAACAAACCAGGGAUGUUUAACAGCCAGAUAAACACCGCACUUCAAUCUGUCCCAACACCACAACAGAACCAAUCCAUGUUUAUUGGUCGUGGCAAUGUAGGUGAGCCCCAACAACAACCUGGGCAACAAAUAACUAAGAACUCCCAUACUACCAUGGCCCUUGAUAAAAAUAAAGUGCAAGAAGUUCUUGGCCUUAACAGCUCAUGGAAACCUGCUCCUUCUGGUGGAGCAUUAUCUACCCCUAGUUCCGUGCAAAACUCUGAAAUAACUUCCACAUCUGGUCAAGAAAUGGCGGGUGUAGGACCCAUGGCACAACCACGUACUGUACACCAAUGGCAUUCACAAGUGAAAGAAGAACUUCGAAAUUAUUUGGUGCAGAAGUUAGUUCAAAAUAUUUUCCCCACCCCGGAUAAAAUUUCAAUGACGGAUGUUCGGAUGAUUAAACUUCUUUCAUUCGCUCGUAAAGUAGAGGGGUCGAUGUAUGAACAAGCCAGCUCAAGGGAGGAGUAUUAUCACCUUCUUGCCGAAAAGAUUUAUAAAAUACAAAAAGAACUGGAAGAAAAAAGGCAAAAGAAGCCGCUAGGUGCCAUGAAUGGACCUACCAGUGUUAGCCAACAACAACAACAACAACAACAACAGCAACAGCAACAGCAACACAGAUUGGCUGGUGGUUUCAUGAACAAAGCUCCUGGUGGUCCAAGCCAACUACGGAUGGUGAACCAAGUUAACAAUGUUAACUAUAUGGAUCAAUCUCAAGUCAACCCAGCCAGUAAUAUCAACAUGCCAACUAAUGGUGUUGUAAACAACAAUAAUCCGAAUACUCCACUGUCCGGAACAAUACGCCAGUUUGCCCUCGCAAUGAAGGAAAUUGAUUCUUCGAAUGCAAAUCGCCCUCCUAUGACAUCACCACCAUUAUCCAACAGCCCAAUGACCAUCACCAACCAACAAUUUGGGACUACAUCAUUCUCAAACCAAAUUCAAAUCCCUGGAAUGAACAACCAAUGUCCUCCUCUUAACUCCUCCGAUCCCAACAUCCAACCUCCCAACAACAACUCCAUGAUGAAUGAAACAACGCAAGAUAAUUCAUUCAUCCAACGCAGCCAACCAGGGAUGAACAACAACUUCCAAAACUCCUUGCCCAACGUUACAACACAACAGCAAGGAAACCAAAUGAUGGCUGACGGAAACCUACCAGCUACUAUGGGGUCAAUAAACAACAUGAAACCUGCAGUAAACAUGCAGACUACUACCACUACCUCUAUGAUAAGCACCAGUUCAACUGAAACUGGGUCCCCGCUAUCAUUUGUAACAAUUCCCACGCCCACUAGCACCAAAGUCUCACCAACUCCAUUCAUAAAUAGGAAGCCAUCCACUGAAGCAGGGAAAUCCAUGGGAAAAUCCAUAAAGAUGGAACCAGACGCUGAUGGUAAACCAAUAGGAAGUACAAUGAACAACACAUCAGCAUCUGCCACUUUUAUUAAAACAGAACCAAACAUCAAAAGUGAAUCAACGACAACCACUGUUGCAACUAAAGCUGCUGCUUCUACCAAAGUUCCACGACCUGCAAAAGUGUUUCCCCCGAACGAAUUACUCCAAGUCUUAAUGCCGAUAGUUGAGAAAUUGUUCAAGCAAGACCCAGAAUCCAUUCCUUUCCGUUAUCCGGUGGAUCCAGAUAGACUCAAUAUACCCGAUUAUUAUGACAUCGUAAAGAAUCCUAUUGAUCUCACAACUAUUCGUAAAAAGCUUGAAGUUGGAGAAUACCAGGAGCCAUGGGAGUUUGUGAACGAUGUGUGGCUGAUGUUUCACAAUGCUUGGUUGUAUAAUCGCAAAACAUCAAGGGUGUAUAAAUACUGCACGAGGUUAAAGGAGAUCUUUGAACAAGAGAUCGAUCCAGUUAUGCAAGAGCUUGGUUACUGUUGUGGUAGAAAGCUUGAGUUUAUGCCAAUGACGUUGUGUUGUUAUGGGAAAGCAUUGUGUACGAUACAGACUGGUGCUGUAUAUUAUGAAUAUCAGAACAGUUCCCCAAAAUAUGGUUUGUUAUCGGAUCGUUACGAUUUCUGUGAGAAAUGUUUCAACGACAUCCAGGGUGACCUCGUCUCACUAAGUGAUGAACCUGGCCAAGGAUCAAAUUCGGUGCCAAAACGAGAUUUUAUGAAGAAGAAAAAUGACGUUCUUGAUCCCGAACCGUUUGUCCAAUGUGAUGAAUGCGGAAGGAAGCUGCACACCAUAUGUGUGUUAUAUAAUCCACAAAUAUGGCCGGAAGGGUUUGUGUGUGACAAUUGUCACCGGAGCCGUGGCAGCCAGCGGAAGCCGAACAGGUUCAUGGCAAGCAAGUUGCCACACAACAAACUUAGUGAGCACAUUGAACACAGAGUGAACAGCUAUCUCAAGCGACAUGAUACAAAUAACGAAGCCGGUUAUAUUCACAUUCGUUCAGUCUACAGUGGAGAGAAAACGGUUGAAGUAAAACCUGGGAUGAAGUCAAAGUUCGUUGAUUCAAAAGAAAUGCCGGAGACUUUCCCCUACAAGGCCAAAGCUUUCUUUGCGUUUGAGGAAAUAGACGGGGUCGAUAUCUGUUUCUUUGGUGUCCAUGUGCAGGAAUAUGGUUCUGACGCUCCAAUACCAAACCAAAGACGAGUGUAUCUAUCGUAUCUUGACUCAGUUCAUUUCUUCCGUCCACGACACCUAAGAACGGCUGUCUAUCAUGAGAUUCUGAUCGGAUAUUUUGAAUACUGCAAGAAUUUGGGAUACGAGUUCGCCCAUAUUUGGGCUUGUCCUCCGAGCGAAGGAGAUGAUUACGUCUUCCAUUGCCAUCCUCCGGAGCAAAAGAUUCCAAAACCAAAGCGAUUACAAGAAUGGUACAAGAAAAUGCUGGACAAAGCAAUUGUUGACCAGGUAGUGCUUGAAUACAAGGAUAUUUAUAAACAAGCCAAGGACGAUCGCUUACAAGCUGCGAGGGAACUCCCGUAUUUCGAGGGCGACUUCUGGCCCAAUGUAUUAGAGGAGAGUAUCAAGGAGUUAGAACAGGAGGAGGAAGAUCGGAAACAGGCGGAGGCGAAUGAACAAGCUGCUGCUGAAGAGGGCCCCCCAAACUCGAAGAACGAUAAAAAACAGAAGACAAAGAAAGCAACCACAAAGAAAGCUUCACAAAGAAGCGCGAAAAAGAAAAUCCCACAAGUGGCGAACGAUUUGACCGAUAAACUUUAUCAAAUCAUGGAAAAACAUAAAGAAGUUUUCUUUGUUAUCCGUUUACAAGCUGCCGACACGAUAAGUAAGCUUGGUUCGAUAGCCGACCCCGAUCCGCUGAUGCCGUGCGAGUUGAUGGACGGGAGAGAUUCAUUCUUAACACUGGCUCGCGAGAAACAUUAUGAAUUCUCAUCGCUACGGAGGACAAAGUGGUCAACAAUGGCUAUGUUGGUGGAACUCCAUGUUCAAGGGAAGUUCGAUUAUACUUGUAAUAAUUGUAAGAACAGGAUAGAAGCUCCAUAUCACUGCACAGUCUGCGAGGACUUUGAUCUAUGUAGUACGUGUUGGGGUCAAAUCGGGCACGAGCAUAAGAUGGAACAAAUUGGUCUCGCAUUGGGUGUUUGGUCCCCUGGCCCCGGGAGUGGUAACUUGGAAACGGGGCGUACACGCGCUGUGCAACAAUGCAUUAACUCCCUUGUCCAUGCUUGCCAAUGUAGAAAUGCUAACUGUAAUUUACCUGCUUGCCCACGGAUGAAAAAGAUUGUGACACACACGAAGAGCUGUAAGAGGAAAACCAUUGGAGGUUGUCCGAUUUGUAAACAAGUUAUUGCUCUGUGCGUUUACCACGCCAAGAUUUGCCAGGAGCCUAAAUGUGCCGUUCCGUUCUGCUACAACCUCAAGAUGCGAAUGAAGAGACAGGAGAAGCAACAUCGGCGACAGGAGUCCUUCCUUAUGAGGAGGAGGAUGGCCAUCAUGUCGGCAACAUCCGCACAACAAGGACCCCACACACCGGGUGCGGAUGUUAACGCAGCCCCCGCUACACCAAAGCAAGAACAACCUGCAACCCCUAUUAAUAACAUGGUGGGUCCUGGAACCCCUGGCUCGCAGCAUGGGGGACCUGGAACCCCCAACGCAGGGGGAAUGGGAAUGGCUAAGCAGUUACCUGGUACCCAUUUAGUCUCGCCCCAUGGGGGUAAAGGCAUGCCGCAACCCACUAUGCCCCAACAGCAGAUUAGAACGAAUGGUCCAAUGGGCAUGAUGAACCAGAUGUCCGGUGGUUUAGCUUCACCAAUGUCGAUGCAACACCAGAUACAGAUGCCACAAAANCAGAUGAACAUGAUCAGUCCGUCGCAUCCCAACGUAACAACUUCCUACCAAGGCAAUGUUAGGUUUCUGCCCCUGUGCAAGGGGGUUUCCCUCGCGCAGUGGGUCAAACGAUGACCCAACGCCCAAUGAUGAACCCUAACACCAUGCAGGGGCAGUGGGGCGGCCAACCGCAAGCCACUAACAACUUUAACUUGCGUCAACCAUCCAUGGCGAACAUGGCAAACGUAGCUUCUACCAACCAGCAGAAUAUCGGGAUUCCCCGUGGGGUAAGUCCCGGUCCCAGCAUGCCAGUUAUGAAACCGGGGAAUUCCGACAAACUUCGGAAAUUAAUAACGAAGAACCCGGAACUUGCUGCGAGAGUGAUUCAACAAACUCGUCAAAACCGACACCAACCCCACCAGAAUGUACUUACUGUACAGCAGGGUGGAGUUGGGGGGAAUAUGGGUCAAAACAUCGUCCACACGAACGCACCGAUGGGACAAAACAUCCGGAUGCCGAACAUGAAUCAACAAACUGGGAACAUGAACCUUCAACAAAUGCCACAGAUCCAAGGUCAAAUGAACAACGUGCAACAUAUGCAACAACGACAACGGUGGUUACAACAACAACAACAACAGCAACAACAACAACAACAUCAAGGCCAACCACAACAAUUCCAACAACCAGCGCCCCCGUAUUCACAGGCUGUUGCGAACCAACGCAUGGUGCCGGGUGCCAACACAACAACUGCCAUGCAAAUAAGGUUACAACAACAACAACAACAGCAACAACAACAGAGGAUAGUUAGAAGCCAGAAUAUGGGAAUGCGAAUGCAGAAUAACAUGGGGCAGAUAAUGCAAACACAGAUGCCACAGAGUAUGAACAGUUUAAACCAACCUACCAUGAUGGGACAACAGGGCGGUCAACCUCACCAAGUUAUGAUGCAACAAAAUGUGGCAAACCAACACCAGCAGAUGAACAUGCAGGGCAUGCAGAGUGGCAUCGUGCACCAGAACGUGCCGCCGUCGCGGCCUCCCUCACAACCCAUGCCACAGGGCAGGUUGCCACAGAUGUCGCCACAUGCCACGGGUAAUACAAGGACAACCCCUCUUUCAGGCCAGGUGCAAAUGGUGAACCAACCUGCUGGUAUGAUGCACGGAACCAUGGGAGGUGCACCUAUGGAACAACACUUCAACAACAACCAGCCUAUGAUGUCUGGCUUCACUAGGACUAUGGGUGGCAUGAACAACACGAUGGGUCAUAAUAUGGUGUUUGCUGAUGGCAGCAACCAGCUUUCAUCAGGGCAAGACAUGAUGGCAAGCAGUGAUGGGUUGGAGAAGUUUGUUACGAAUAAUGAAUAAGCAAUACUUGAUAUCUAGUGUUGCUGGCCACUUAUUUUUUCUUCUUUCUUCUAAUUUAUGCAGGUUUUUCUAUCGAACGUCAGAGCAACUCCUGUUUUUCUAAGCCAUGAUGUUCAUUCAUUUAUGAAAAAGUUUUGUUUUAUUUUUUAUGCAUCUUACGAAUCGGCCUGCGAGUUUAUAAAAUGGCGCCAUGUUUUUCUUUGUAUAAAUAGCAGAAUACUGUUGUUGCUUUUGGAACAUUUCAGAGCAUUUCUAUUCUAUAAUUGUUGGAUUUUUAUUUUCGCCGAAAACUGUUGCUUGCCUCGCUAGCAGUGAGGAUGAACAAACAAGGGAUCCCCUGUCGUGGCAUGACGUCCUUCAAGUGACUGUUAUUGAAAAUGAUGCCGAUCAUUUUCUGCGGUUAUUUAUUUUUGUACAGUGGCUCCCAAUUGCACGCCAGGUCGGAUGUGAUACUGUGUUACACUUUGCUUUUAAUCAACCCAUUGUACUCGAACAUGGAUUAACACUCGGAAACAUUGGUACUUUCAACUCUAUUUAUUGGCACCCUGGCUAGAGGUGCUUGUAUCCCAACAUAAUAAGCAAUAUACAAAAGGCAGCCGAGUUGUUACACUGCCCCACUUCGUUUUUACCAGAUAUUCAUAUUUUUUCUUGGUUGACAAAAACGCUUAUUUUAAUGCAGUCACCAAUCUAAGUCAGUGGUGUGUUGCGCAAUUUGCUGGCUCCUCUUCAUGUAGCCAGUUCGUAACUUGCGUAAAAUGAAAUCGUGCAACACUUUCUAAACUUUUUUCGUAUUAUUUCUUUUUAAGAUUAUAUUAAAUGCCUGAAAUAAAGUGUACAUUAAAUUGGCAAGGGCCU